CUGUUUGGAAUCCAGACCCGAAUCCGGCGGACAGCACCAAGAGCCAGCAACUGCAACUGCAACCGCAACCACAACGCAAAACACGCAACGCAAAACACGCAACGCAACACAACGCCAUGAAUCGAUCGAGCCCGGGUGCCCUGCUUCUGCUGCUGGCGGUCGCGAGCUUCCACACCAGCGAGGCCUUUACGGCACCGGUGGCGAGGACCCUUUCCCCGGCCCUCCCAGUGUCGUCCCUCCGAACGGCUACGGCCGUGUUUGCGGCCGCCGGCGACGGGGAAGCCCCCGGCGAGACAAGGGCCGCCCCCAAGCGCAAGCGCAAGCGAAAGAAAAAGGCGCAGGUGGUGGCCGAGACGGCUCCGGAGGAAACCGAAGAACCCGGGGCUCCCCCCCUUGUCCCCGACCUCCGGCCCCGCGAGGACGCCCCGGUGGUCCUCGAGGUCCGGAACAUCGUGGCCCCCGAGGGGGACCCCGAGCCGAGCGCCGUGGCCAAGGCCGGCGCGGUGCUCUCGUCGGUCUCCUCGAUGCUGGGGUCGUCCAAGGGCGAGCCGGGGGCGGGCAGCGAGCGGGCCGUCUCGCCGCCCCCCCCGGGCCUCGGCGGCCCCGGCCGGUCCCUCGACGACUCGCUCGACCAGCUCCUGGAGGACGCCCGGUCCAUGUCGGAGGAGGGGGGGGCUUCCCCCGGGGGAAGCGGCGGCCUCCUGUCGGACGAGGAGGGGACCGGCGUCAAGCAGGCGAUCGGGAACGCCCUGUCGACGGUCGUGACGGCGGAUUUCUUUCUGGUCUGCGGCUUUCUGGCCUGGUUCCUCCUCGGGAUCUUUUGCAGCUACGUCCUCAAGGACGACACGGUGCAGAUCGCCUUCAACAACAACUUCGAGCGGCUCGUCCAGCCGGCCCUCGGGGUGCUCAUGAUCGCGGCGAUCGGCGGGAACUUUUUCAAGGAAGAAGAGGAGGAGUACGACCUGUAGGAGAUCUUGGAAACGCGGAUGCGGAAGGAACGGGAAGGCUGUUGGCGAUGCCGCCGGCUGCACCAGACGCACCACAAGCGCGGUCCGAGGUCUCUGCCCAAGGAAUCGCGUCCUUGUACAGCUACCGGGAACACGCUACCGAUUUUUCCAAAACUCUCAAGCAUCUUUGGAUGGCUUGUUGCGAUGCACGUACUGUAGUAGAGCCACAAGACUUUUCCAACAGUAGGGUCGAGAGCAAAUCCAAAUGGCCUAUAAAAGUAUUUUGUUUUG